UAGCAAGACUGACCCAAAUCAGACCCCGUAGUUCUAAUUGUAGGCAGUUGUUAAGCUACAGUGCUACCUCAGUGACAGGUAUCAUACGUUUGUCGGCCCGCAGUCGGAUAAAUUAGUAGAAGAAAGACACUCAUUCAUUUUUGUUUCGUAGAUGCACUGUAUCUAAGUGUAUAUCGCAAACUGAAGGCAGUUUCGUUUAAUUAGCUCAUCUAGCAGGUUAAUGUGCGGUAGGUAGCUAGCUAGCAAGUUAGUUGACGCCAUAAGAGGAAAAUCGGAAACUUAACGCGGUGGUCAGUUGAUAACGACAGUGCCGCUGCUGCCAGUGUCUGGGAAAUAAAACUAAAACGAGUACCAGAAUGAAUGUCGCUAAAAGUGGCUAUCGUGUCUUUUCUGCAAACUCCUCUGUAGCGUGUACAGAACUAGCCAAGAAGAUAACGGAACGGCUGGGAGUCGAACUGGGCAAGUCCGUGGUCUAUCAGGAGUCUAACAGAGAAACUAGAGUGGAUGUGAAAGAAUCGGUUCGUGGACAAACUAUCUUCAUCAUUCAGACCAUACCACGAGAUGUCAACACAGCCAUCAUGGAGCUGCUGGUUAUGGCCUAUGCCCUCAAGACCUCCUGUGCAAAGAACAUCAUUGGAGUCAUUCCAUACUUUCCCUACAGCAAACAGUGCAAGAUGAGAAAGAGGGGCUCGAUAGUGAGCAAGCUGUUAGCUUCAAUGUUAGCUAAAGCAGGAUUAACACACAUCAUCACCAUGGACUUGCAUCAGAAGGAGAUCCAAGGUUUCUUCAGCUUUCCAGUGGACAACUUGCGUGCCUCCCCUUUCUUGAUUCAGUACAUCCAAGAAGAGAUUCCUGAUUACAGAAAUGCCAUCAUUGUGGCAAAGUCCCCAUCAGCAGCUAAGAGGGCUCAGUCCUAUGCAGAGCGCCUGCGUUUGGGUCUGGCUGUGAUUCAUGGCGAGGCUCAGUGUUCAGAGUCCGACAUGGCUGAUGGAAGACACUCCCCACCGUGUGUACGCAACACAACUGGACAUACAGGGUUGGAGCUUCCUUCAGGCAAACAACAAGCUCCGUUCCCUGGCAUAGAGCUCCCAAUGAUGAUGGCCAAGGAGAAACCUCCCAUUACUGUAGUCGGAGACGUGGGAGGGAGAAUUGCCAUCAUUGUGGAUGACAUCAUAGAUGAUGUUGGAGACUUUGUUGCAGCUGCAGAGAUCCUGAAAGAGAGAGGAGCCUAUAAGAUUUAUAUCAUGGCCACACACGGCUUACUAUCCGCUGAUGCUCCGCGCCUCAUAGAGGAAUCUGCUAUUGAUGAGGUGGUGGUGACCAACACAGUCCCCCAUGAAGUGCAGAAGCUACAGUGUCCCAAAAUCAAGACUGUGGACGUCAGCAUGAUUUUGGCUGAGGCCAUCCGCCGCAUACACAACGGAGAGUCCAUGGCCUACUUGUUCCGCAACAUCGCCGUGGACGAUUAGAGAGAGUCGGAGACUUAGCACUGAGGUGGGUCUGACAGUGACUGAGGGCACUUCCUCCCAGUGCUGUUAAAAGCAUGAUAAUGUCAUGUCAUGUAUGUUGGCUUUACAAACAUCCUAAUUCUUUAAAACAAACUGACAUUCUAAGAAUCACCCAAAGUUAUUUAACUUCACAUCAAAAGUUGUUAAAAUGUUUUCCUUUUGUAAUGCUGUGAAAUGCCUCUUGUUCAUGUUUAGAAAAGAUGAUAAAAGAGCAAACAGGUAUUUUGAUGCAUUCAUCAAGUUCUGAAGCCUUGACCUUUGUCUUGCUGCUUUUGUUGAUUUUCCAACUUGAACAAAAGAUGCUUUUUAUUUAAAACAAAGCUGUUUUGUCACAUGCUGCGGUACCUCAUAUCAAAUGACUGAGCUUGAGCUGUAAAAAGAGAAGAGAAAAAUGUGUCCAGUAACAGGACUUUGUGCUAUACCAACCAUUUUCAGAGGCUCAUAAACCACUUUUCCACCAAGCAGUCCUGUCCAGUUAAGUUUGUUACACAGUUUUUCACGUUUCCAUUGACAAAAGUUGUAGAUGGUACCAAUAGAACCGCUCCAUUCCGUCCAUUUUGUUUUUUAUUGAACACUUCUGUCCAGGUUCCGAGAGCCACUGAUUGAUCAGAGAAUCAGAGCUACCAGAGUCAUCCAGAGUUGCUGUGUGUGCUCUAAUGUAGGAUUCAGUCUCCUGCAGCCUUUUCUCAAACAAAGCUUGUCUCCUUGCACAUAACACAUCCUGAUAUGAAAGUUGAAAAACAGAAAAGCUACGGUGAAUGUAGACUAAGCAGAGGAAAAGGUGAGAAGUUUAAUUGUCAACCUGACAGUAAAUGUACGAUAUGAGUUACAGUGUGUCAGGCAAUAAAUGUUGCAGCUCCUCAAGGCCAAGAAAAGUUUAGUUUGUUAUUUCCCAACUACUGCAGCAGUGAAGAGUGAAAAGUGAAGGGUUAGCACCGUAGCCCCAGUAGCAGCCCCACUUACAUUUUAACAGUUUUGCCUUUGCAGUUGAAUGAAAAUAAUUAGGGGCAGAUUUAGGGACACAGUGAUAUCUUUUUAUACUCUGUGUGCCUGUGUUCAAAAUGUUAAGAUGCAUCUGGCUUCAGUCAGUAACCAACUGAGUAAUUUAAGUAGCCUACAAAGUGAUCAUUUUUAGUGGCAAAAUAAAAAUAGGUUCAUUGUUCCUCAUAAGCUGUUGAGGCGCUGUGUAAUGUUCAAACAUGGCCUUAUCAAACACACACACACACACACACAGGGUUGUGUGAGGCAGAUGCACUGUGUUGAUUCAAACCCUUCUCUAUUUUGCGCAAAAUAAACGUUUGUAUUCCUCCUGCAGAGUUUAUUAACUGACACGCUAACCUAUAAUGUACCUUUACUGCCAGAUUCCAAUUCCAAUACUUUUCAUUUUUUUUCUUUAUUUUUUAUUUGGCAGUUCGUAAUACCUAUUUUUUUUAGGGGUUAAUAUAAGUGGAAAAAUAUCAACGUCAAGUCCUUGUGCAACACACUGAAUCAAACCGGACUGCAUGGUGGAAGCUUGGCUUCAUUGCGCCCCCCAAUACACACACACACACGAUCGGAUCAGCACUUUGCACUUAAUGGGGUGUGUUUUUUCCAUCUACAUAGACAAGACCGGACAAACUCCUGCUUAUUGGUCCCUGAAAUAUAUUCUUAUGCAGCUUUUUUUUGCACCGUAUGUGUUAAUGUAAAGAUGUUUGCUAAAAUAUCUCGUGUGACACAAGAAGUAUAUGCAGAAAUGUGUGGGUGGCUGUUUUAUAUUUUGUAUAUAAGGGGUUGAGUUCAACUAAAUUAUAACAAGAUAUUUUCUUACUUGCCUAGUCAACAAGAUAGUUUUGGAUUGAUGCUGUCCGUUUGAGAAACCUGCUUCUGUGAUUCCUGCUGAGGUUAAUGUAAUUUCAUUUAUGACACUGAACGCUUUAAUGUGCUUGUUUAAAAAUAAAAAACAAAACAAAAAUAAUAUACAAUACAAUGUUCACACCAAGGUCUGUGAUUAAUUGUGAGUAUUUAAAAGACCACAAAUGAAAUUCCGUUGACUUCUUCUGUAUUGUGACAUCUAGCAGUGCAUGGUUACAUGUAUGCCAGUAUGUAUAUGAACAGGAUAUAGCAAGUGUUUAAAUUAUUUUUUUAUUUGGAUGAACCAGCCCUUUAAUAUACUACUAUAUCUCUCUAGCAGUAGACUGAACAUGCAUCGUCCAGUAUUGUGCUUGUUUUAACUGACCGAUGGUGGCCAUGACUGACACUACCAUCAUGCAUCUGAAUGACAUUUACAGCUAAACGGAAUCAAUCACCUGCAAACCGUGAAGCACAGCAAAGAUUUCUUGUGCAGCCCCGAUUUUAAAAAAAGACACUGUGUAUAACAUAAAUAAAAUUUGCUAUUCCUUUUUCACAUAUGCUCAAUUUAUAACAGCACAAAAAUAACAUAUUAAAUGUUUGCAUUCUGGUCUUAUUUACUUUUUCCCUAUCAUCCCAGCUUUUUUACAAUCGGGGUUGUAUUUUGCGUGAGUUUUAUUUGUGGAUUUUGGUUGAGUUUGCUAUGAAAAUCAACUUCAUAGUGAACCCCCUUGCUGGUUUUCCCUUUUGUCCAUUACAUUAUUGCUGUCAGGUGACAUAGAGCCUGCUUUUGUUGUGGGCUUAUGUUCUACUGUACAUACGUGUUGGAAAAGUAUUGUGUUGUUUGUUAGCAACACUAAUCCACACUAACUCUGCAGCCUUUUCAAGUCGUAGCGUUAGCCAAGUUCUCCAUCUCUUUUGAGAAAUGUUCAUGUUUGCUUUUGACCCAAUGAAUAUUUAACAGUAAGACUCUUGUACAGUUAGUUACAGCAACUAGCUUUGAAAGCUUGAAACUUUGAACUGACCCAUGCUUUAUCUGCAUGACUUUACAGUGACAGGUUUGACAAAAUCUUUGGGUUUUUUUGUUUUUUUUUUGGUUUUUUUGUAAUGUACUAAAGUGAAUGGAAACUGACGGGCUGCUUGGAAGAUAGCACAUGUGCACUACAAAAGUAAAAAUGGUUAUCAGUGAUGUAAAAUAAGUGCAUUUUGUAGUAAAUUGGAAAUAAUAUGCAAAAUCACGGUUAUGGUCUGGUUGUCUACAAAUAACUGUAGUGGACUGUCAUUUAACUGUCAUUAAAAGUAAACAUGUGCACCUUUCUUACUCUCUGAGUAAAUUUCUAAGUGAUGCUUUAGGGGUAAGUAGUGUACCUUUCUGCUGAUUGAGCCUUUAGCUCAGGGAAAUAUACUUUAUAAGCCAAUGCACAAUUAUUUGUUCUUACUCUUUUUUUUAUGCUUUGUUCCUGUUUCACAUAUUGAAACAGGUUUGUUGAGAAUGUCUUCCAUACAGCAGUUCUGAACGUCUUGGCUUUUUACCUUGUCUCCUUGUUUUGAAUGCCAUAUUCCUCGUCAUGUGCUGAUGGAUGCGUUUGUGACAGCUAGAUGCUGCGCAGGCUGGUGUUGUGAUGACAUUAAGUUGGUGGGCAGGUCGUCUUGUAUGAAAUACUCGUGUGUGUCGGCUCAGAUUAUAUGUGUCGUUAGUGUAUUUCAUGACGUCUCCUCUGUGUUCACUGUUUUCCUGACUCUCUGUGGUGUUGAAGAUGUGUAAUUUAGACGUUACUCUGUUUAGGUCCACAGUGUUUGUCAAUGUGUAUGAAAAUAAAACAGUUGCCUCUU